AUGUUGGUUGGUACCCCCCACCUGCUGACACUGGAUGAAGCUGAUGCCACCUGGACCCUCAUCAAGGAUAAAGUCAUCGAGGAGCGCUUCGGGCCCAAUGUAGUGGCAGUACCUUUCCUGUCGGAUGCAGCCUGCUAUGACCUACUGGGUGUGCUAGUGAAGCAGUCCCGCCCAGCCCACACCCGCCUGGCUUUACCCGGUCGGCAGGGUCGGCGGGCACUACAACCAGUGGGGCCACUACCAAACCUCCUGGAGCAGGCAGGGUCCGAGGGUGCCUUUGCCCACUGCACUCGGGAAUACUCACCAAAUGGCCGAGCAGAGAUAGCCUAUGAAGAAAUGCGACUUUUGGAAGGGCACCCCUGCCGGAUCCGCCUGCACAUGGGUGGACUGCGCAAGAAGGUGGCCUUCCUGCUGCUGCCACCAGGGCAGGUGAGCCUACAGCAAAAUCUUCCCUGGCUCCGAAGCACCCACAGCAUCUAUGUCAUCUACCAGGUCUUCUCCUGUUCCUGGCUGCAGCUGGGGCUGUUACCUACAGCCCGUGAGCCCCAGCUGCUCCGGUUACAACGGUCACUGCCUGUUGCCUUCUCCUGCCUCAAGUUUUCACUGCAGCCCAAAGGAGUGCUGGGACCACAGAAGCCUCUGACCAAAGAUCCACUGCCCCAUGGUGCCAACUGGGUCAGACCCAACCUCGGCAUCAUGCCACCUCUGGCCCUCACAUCAGUUGCUGCCAAUACCCCUGAAGCUGCUGAUGUGCCCCCAACUGUCCCAGGCCCACCUACACCACCUCCUCAGGAAGGGCCGGAGGGCAGACCCACCAGAUUCUCCUACAAGGGCCGAAACCCCUUCCGCAGGGGGCCCCAGAUGUUGUCAGAGAACUGGCUCUUCAGCCCCCGCAGCCCCCCACCAGGAGUCCAGGGUGGGGGCCCCGGGGACCCCGACCGGCACUCCAUGUCCCUGCCCCUGCUGCAGGGUCUGUCCUCAGAGUUCGACAGCGACGAAUGA